AUGAGAUCAUCCAAUAUCGCCGUGUGGCUACUCUCCUUCGCAGCCGCGGCACACCACCCAGCCGGCGCGCUCGCAUGCGAUGGCGGUCACGACGACAUCAGCGCCCUCGACGCCGCGCGCGGCUUGGCGACCGGCGACAACGAUGACGCGCAGCUUCGGGAUCGUAUAUGCGCCUUGAAUACGCUGGCUUUUGCAUCACUGCAAAGUAGCAUUAAGGACAACGACACAUCUCAGUACGGCGGCGUUCUCGGUACGGAAGAUGGAGCUCUUGCUGAUGAGGGUGCCGUACCUGAUGGACUGGGCGACUCGGAAGAAGCGCGGAUUCGCUAUGGAACGAGUCUCAAAUCAUCCUCCGGCCUCUGGCACGUCCGCCCCUCCCCAGGAAAAGGCCUCGGCAUCUUCGCCCUCACCACCAUCCCCCACGGCACCAUAAUAAUAGACGAAACCCCGCUCUUCACAAUAAACCCAGGCGCCCUCCACCAAGGACGCGGCUUCGCCUUUGCCGCCAUCGCAGAGCUCGUCGACCAAGCCUUCUCAACGCUAAACGCCUCCGCCCGCGCAGCAUACCUCUCCUGCCCGGCUCACCGCGACCCCCAAGGCGCAGACGACGGCAUUAGCAACGAAGCCCUCGUCUUCCGCACAAACGGCUUCACCAUGUCCUCUGGCGAAAUCGGCAUCUUCCCACACAUUGCCAAGCUAAACCACGCGUGCCGUCCCAACGCCGGGUCCGCUUCGGUCGGCGGGCGGAGGGUUAUCUGGGCGGGGCGGGAUAUCCUCCCCGGCGAGGAGGUGACGAUUACCUACGCGCCGCUGGUGCAGGAUACCGAUGCCCGGCGGGCGAGGCUUGCGCAGUGGGGGUUCACGUGUGAUUGUGCCGCGUGCGAGGCGCGGGACGACGACGACAAGAGGGUGGAGAUGAAGAGGUUGAUGGGUCUUAUCGAGCGGGAACUCGGGAGCGAUGCGUUUGGCGGGGAUGUGUUGCCCUAUGCGGAGAAGCUUGUAGGCCUUGUUGAGGAGGUUGGGUUGGUGGAUUAUUUGGGCAAGGCGUAUAAGUAUGCUUCUUACGCGGCGUCGAGGUCGGGCAAGUUUGGGGCGGCGAGGAAGUGGGCGAGGAAGGAGUUGAAGAUUCACGAGAUUGCUGAUGGGGAGUCGGAGUAUGCGAGGGAGACGAGGGAGUUUUUGGCGUCGCUUCCGUUGUUAUGA